AUGAGUCGGUGGCGCCGAUCUGUGGGCGAGCUGGCAGGAGGGCGGCGACGGCACGCCGAGUGUGAGCGUGGUCAGGAUGCUCUCAGUCGGGUCACUUCCUGUUUCCAACAGCUGGUAGUAUCGCUCGGCAGCUCGGCCGACAGCAGCUUCCUGCGAGAUGAGAUAGAUGGAACACGAGUACUCGCUCACCGUAUCUGCAGCGGUCUGUCCCACCGUCUGCUGCGCCUGUUGUCAGACUGUAGCUCCGUCCCUUCAGGUGUGGAAGACAGACAGGCGUCAGAGCGACUCUGGGUUCUUUUCCUGUCAGCAGUGGAGAACUUCCUGUCAGACCUCCGUAAGACCAGAGAGCUGAUUGGACAGUUUCCUCUGACUCAGCGCUCGAGCAGACAUUCGUUGGUCAACACAGGUUGUUCGGAUGGCGUAGUGGGCGUGGCAGCUCGGGCAGCUCUUGUCCAGAUUCCGUGGCUCACCUUGGAGGAGGAGCCAAGUCCUGAUCUGACCAAUCACAUCAGGGGACUGGAGUCCAUGCUGAGUGAGCUGCAGCUGAGGGUUCCUGUAGCGUUCUGGUCUGUGGAGGCAACCCACCCAGCCUGGACUGAAGCUCAUGAUGAGCUUGUAGAACCAGAUGGCAGCCUGGAGGACUUGAUGGAGGUGGAGGCCGUCUCUAAUGACAACAACAUGGUGGUGUGCUGCAAACUCGGCUGCGUUGGUUAACUACAUUCCAGAUUUACAAUGGUGUUCCAGAUUAAGAAGUUCCAGAUUUCAUCUGAUCAGGAGAAGGAAGCUGGGCUCACCUGAUAACAUUCAGAUUGAUAUCCUGAAAUCUGUUAAAUAAAACUCA